AUGUAUACUCCAAUCCCUGGACGCUUCGCCGGCAAGGUCGCCGUCAUCACUGGCGGAGCAUCAGGCAUUGGCGCCGCCAUGGCCACGCGCUACGUUGCUGAGGGAGCCAAGGUCCUUGUGGCCGACAGCUGCCCCAUCGAGACCGGCAAUGCCUUUGUGGCCGAGCUCAACAAGAACACGGGCGAUUGCGGGACUUCCUCUGGCACGAUCAAUGCAGCGUUCCACCAAUGUGACCUCACCGACUCCGAGCAAGCGACAGGCGUCAUCGCCCAGGUCAUCAGCAUCUUCGGCACCGUCGACAUCCUGCACAACAACGCCGGCGCGCUUGCCAUGGGCACGGUGGCCGACAUGCCGCCAGAGGCCUGGCACAUGAUGUACAAGCUGCACGUCGACGCGCCCUUCUACACGAGCCGCGCGGCCCUGCAGCACAUGCUGGCCAAGCCCAGGGCCGAGCCUCCGCGCACCGACGACCGCGGCGUCAUCAUCAACACGGUCUCGACGGCCGGAGUGCGCGGCGAGUGCGGCGCGGCGGCGUACUCGUCUUCCAAGGCGGCGCUGCUGAGCCUCACGCGGGUCAUGGCCGUGGACCACGCGAUGGACGGCAUCAGGGUGAAUGCGGUCGCCCCCGGGUACACCAAUACUCCGCUCGUGGCGCUGGGGCAGACCGUGAUGGAUGUGUUGAUCAACCAGGUGCCAGUGCAUCGCUCGGCCGAGGCGGAGGAAAUUGUGUCCGUCAUGAUGUUCCUGGCUUCCAAGGAGGCAUCAUAUGUCACCGGUGCUGUCUGGGACGUCGACGGCGGCGUGCUUGCCCGCGGAAUGCUGAACACUGGAGAACUCCGGAAGGCCCUUGUGGAGGCGGGUGUUAUGGGCUGA